AUGGCUACAGAGGUUGAGGAAGACGUGGUCUCGUACCCGCCAUUGGAGCUGGUAGAGGUCGCCCCAGCCUCUCCCGCGAGACGAGCUGCUGCCGAGGAAGGAGGCGGUGUGCCUACGAGGCCCUCAGUGAGACUGGGGAGAGAGCUCUCUAUCAAGAAGAAGAGACAGGUGGUAAGGAAGACCACUGCCGCUGACGGAGAGGGAGGAGAGGAGCAGACCCCGUUUCAGAGAGAGGCGGCCAGAUACGAGCAAUGGGAAGAACUAACGGUCAACUUUGGCAACCUGCGGCAGUCCUCUCGCCGGCUGGAGGACCGCAUUGCACUGCAUCAUCGGACGGUGGCUCACAGGCCACAGUACACCCGAAGGAACGUCUGGCAGCUCUUCAUCAACGUCCACUGGCCGAAGAUCAAGAGUCGACUGCGAGUAGUGUUUGGGUAUGAGCUGUGGAACGGACACCUGAAAGAGGUCGAGGGUCACUUCGGGACGGCCGUGGUGUCUUACUUCAUCUUCCUCCGCUGGCUGUUUCUAAUGAAUCUCUUCAUCUUCCUCCUCUGGUUCGGGCUGGCCGUCAUCCCCCAGCUGGUGUGGGUCUCUGGUACCAACGCCCCACGCACACCCUCCCAGCUGGCCUGUGUCUUCCCUCUCAACACAUCUGGUUCCCCUCAAAUCUGCAGCGACGGGGGGCCCCCUGGUGAAUUUCUACUCUCUGGUCCCCCGGCACCCAAUGAUUUGGUGAGGUACGGUGGCCGACUGUUGUGUCGCGGAGGAGAGGCAGAUGAGAGGGAGGGAAGGUUCGAUGUUGGUCAGUGCCAGUUUCAAACAGGGGAGAACGGAACACUAGUAGCUGACAGAGCCAGUCCCACCAGAUCAGUGUCUGACCUCACAACUUGCUUCAAUAUCACCGAGAGUGGAGAUCCACUAAUGUGUCCAGGUGUUGACCCUGUGGUCCAGUGGUACGAGUAUAUCUUUGACUUUGCCCUGGGGAGAGGAAUCUUCAACGACACCGUCCUGUUCCAAGGUCGCUAUACCAACGAGACGGUGGAGGUGGUGGGUGGAACCAGAUACGACCUUCCCGUGGCCUACAUUCUCCUGACCGGAUCCGUCUUUCUUAUCUCUGUCGUCCUCCUCGUUUACAAAAUGGGUCAGGCAUACAAUGAGUCUAACCUGCAGUUGAGCAGACGUCAGACCAUCAACUACUGCAACAAGCUGUUCUCCAGUUGGGAGUUCAGCGUCACCGACCACUCCACCGCCAAACUACGCAGGGCACAGAUCAAGAGACAGAUAGAGGAAGACAUAGCAGACCUGGAGAAGAGGAGUCAAAAGAGGGAUAACAGGGAGAUCGCUCUUGUCAUUCUGAUUCGGACACUCACCAACCUCUCCGUCUUGCUCAUCCUCAUUGGAGCCGGUGUCGCCAUUUUCAUGGCCGCCCAACUUGGUCUCGACAGUCAACUGUCAGGAGAGAGUCUGCAACUGGGAGGGUUUUGUUCUGCCAAUUGUCUUCACGGCUUUCAACAUCUCCCUCCCCAUCCUCUUCUCCUUCCUGGCCAGGUUUGAGAGGUUCAAGACACAGAGUGGGGAGAUCAGGAUGACUCUAAUUAGAGCCAUCAUUGUCCGCCUGUCUUCCCUCAUCGUCCUCUUCGUCACUCUCUUCAUCCUCAUCUCUGGUACCCAACAUUUGGAGUGGAGGGAGGGAAGAAGAAGAGGAGGAGGCCGGCAGAGAGAGAAGGAACUUGUCAGUUCAGUGUCCCGGACAUCGACAUGGGCCCCAGAAGUGAACCUCGCAGGCCAGAGAGAGAACUGUCCACAGUGCUGGGAGACAUUUGUUGGCGGAGUUGUACAAGUUAGGUCGGUGAACUGUGCACUCUCUUGCCAUCACUACUCUUACCGUGUGGGAAACGAGAUAGAAAGUGUGAUGAGUAGGCUGCGUACAAGGUGUGCAGUCAGCGAGUGGGGAAAGGCAA